AUGGGACAUCGUCGUGCCGAGAUCCGAGUGACACCGGCAGCGGCACCAGCGCCGUCCGCCCUGACAUCUUCCUCCCAGGGCGCGCGCCAUUCCCGGGUGGAGGCUGGCCCAGAUCCGAGUACGGCGUCGAGAGGCAAGAUGACGGGUGGCGGCGACGUCGCAGGCGUACGACGAGGCCUGGUACUGGGACGAGCCUACCGCAAGAGACCGGGGCCUUCGACUGGUGCGAGAAGUACUCAGCCCUCGCGCCGCCGCACCGCCUACCUCUGCCACAUCGGCAGCCACGCCGAGGAGCCAACGCGCGCCGAGGGGUUGGGGCCGCGCCGAGGCGCCGAUGAGCGCCGCCGCACCGAGGUGCCGGGCGGGCGCCUCCACCUCUGCCACAUCGGCAGCCACGCCGAGGAGCCAACGCGCGAGGGGUUGGGGCCGCGCCGAGGCGCCGAUGAUCCGCCGCACCGAGGUGCCGGGCGGGCGCCUCCACUUCCGUCCGUCGCCCUGCUAAUUGGCCACCGCCCGGUGCUGGGGAAGAUGAGAAAUUGA